UCGCCGAUCAGCCUUCUCUUUUUGUCUUACAUUGCUAUGUCCAACAAUCUCUUGCAUCAGCCAUUUUCUAUAUCAAGAAGCACCUUCAUUGCCAGUAAGAAGUCAGAUCUCUGGGAGGCAGGAUUGUAAUGUAAUGAUGCAAGCAUCAUCUGUGUCUCGUGGUGCCACUGUAGGAUCUGAGGGGUCUAUUCCAGUUCACAUGGAUGCAACUCAGUUACAAGGUAAGCGGAAAUCACCGAUGCAGCCUUUGUACAGUGUGACUGCUUCUCCUGAAUUGUUGUCUGUGCAAAAUAAACGGAUGGUACCUAUGCCGGUGAAGUUAUCUUCUGUUUCCCCUAAGACACAGUUUUUGCCUGCAUCUUUUUCUUGUAAUAAACCACCCGGGAAGCAAACUGCAGCGAGGAAACAGGUUUCACCGAGAUCGCUGCCGCUGAAGCCUCAGAACGAAUCAUCUGAAUCCGUGAGGUCUAAAAUGAGAGAAUCGUUGGCAGGUGCACUGGCAAUGGUACAGUGCCAAAUGGAAGAUGCCAAGGAGUCGAAAAGGAUACAUUGUGAGACAGUAACUAAUCUUCUCGAAAGUCAUGUUUAUGAGCCAGUGUCAGCAGCUUCUGGAGCUGAUGCGAUGGUAUCUAAUCGGAGCACAGCAAAGCUGACCUUAAGUGAUCUUAGUCCUGAGGGAGGUGGCUCUGUAGAGACAGUGUUACCGGAGAUUUUGACUGACAACAAGUCAAGUGAUGCUAAAGAAUUUAUUGCACAAGAACCUCAGGCUGUAAAACCUUUUCAGGAAGACAGUGUUUCAUAUAGUGACAAUGUCUUUACAAAAGAUGAUCUUUUGCAAGGGAAUGACCUCUCUUGGGCUCUCGAGUCAGAUAUAGAGUUAACAGAAAAUUGUCAAAAUGAAAUGAUUGGAGCAAUAGCUAAUGAUGAGAGCCAGGAAAGAUCCAAGGAUAAAUUGUUACUGGAUCCACAAGUUUUGGCAUUUAAAAUAGAAGCAGAACUCUUUAAGCUAUUUGGUGGUGUGAAUAAGAAAUAUAAAGAGAAAGGAAGGUCUCUCUUAUUCAAUUUGAAAGACAAGAAUAAUCCUAAACUCAGGGAAAAGGUUAGGUUUGGGGAGAUUCCAGCAGAGAGAUUGUGUUCCAUGUCAGCUGAAGAACUUGCUUCAAAGGAAUUGGCAGAAUGGCGACAAGCAAAAGCAGAAGAGAUGGCUCAAAUGGUUGUUUUGCAGGACACAGAAGUAGAUAUCAGAAGCCUGGUAAGGAAAACACACAAAGGAGAGUUCCAAGUGGAACUUGAACCAAUGGAGAGUGGCUCUAUGGAGGUCUCUGUUGGAUCGAGUUUGCUUAACUGGUCUCGACCAAAGAAUAUUAAGAAGAAAACCGCCUCUAUAACUAAAACACUUGGAGUCGAGAAUGAUUUGAACAGCACUGCGCCAAUUAACGGAGUCGCACUAGAUGAUGAGAUGCAGGCUGCCACUGGAUCUCUUCCUCCAGUUGUCUCUCUUGAUGAAUUCAUGUCAUCCAUGGAUUCAGUAUCUCCAUCUGACUCUUCGUCUUCAGAUACUGAGAAAAGACCUGCUGUUUCACAUAAUAAUGAUGCAAAAGCGGUUCUAAUUUUGACAUCACCUGAAGAAAGUGCUAAUCUCAUUCUUGGUACAUCACCAGUCAAGGCUGAGGCAUCACCGCUUAAGGCUGAGGAUGAUGUCAUAGUAUCGUCAAAGCCUUAUUCUGAUUUGAAAUCUGAAAUCACUACUGUUAACUUACCUGCGGGCGAGCGUGUAUGGGAAGGUGCACUCCAGUUGAGUGUUUCUUCUGUGAGCUCUGUCAUCGGCAUUCUGAAAAGUGGCGAAAAGACUAAUACAAAAGAGUGGCCUAUGUUGCUUGAGAUCAAGGGUAGAGUCAGAUUAGAUGCAUUUGAGAAGUUUGUUCGAGAGCUCCCAAAUUCCAGGAGCCGUGCUGUAAUGGUCAUGUGUUUAGUCUGCAAAGAAGAGUGCUUCAAGACGGAACAAGAAAACUUUUCUGAGGUGGUGGAUUCGUACUGUAAAGAUGAGAGGGUGGGUUACGCUGAACCGGCUUCAGGAGUUGAGCUUUACCUUUGCCCAGCCCGUGGCAAAACCGUGGAAAUCCUAAACAAGAUUGUUCCCAAAAACCAACUAGAUUUUUCUUUAGAUGAUGAUGCUCUUAUAGGUGUUGUUGUAUGGAGAAGACCACUAUUAAAAAAACCACCAAUAUCUAACUCUCACAAGAACACACUUAAAAUUUCUCGUUACAGUAACAUGCGACAGAUCAACCAAGACGAUGGUGGUGAUGUGCCACCGGGGUUUGGUCCAUUGGCUAUGGCUCGGGAUGAUGAUGAUGACUUGCCUGAAUUUAACUAUAUUUCUGGUGGAGAUGUUGUCAUGAAUCGGACAAGCCGCUCUGAUUCUGUAAGAGAGCUAAUUCACAAAUAUGGAAAAUCUGAACCAUUGUGGAACCAAGGUUAUAGUAAUGACGAAAAUGUACACCCUCAGCAAAACCCAACUCUUGGGCAUAAUUAUGUUAACGGUGGCUCGAUGGUUAGACCACGUAGCGAGUGGUGGCUUCAUCAGGCUGGAGGUGGAGGAUAUUAA